AGUGAAAACCUAACCAUGCUUGAGCUCAUCAACAAAAUUAUCAUCAUCACAAUAAGAGGUGAAGCAGAGAUUAUUAUUCUUCAUCUUCAUCGCAAAAUCGCGUUUCUUUUAGUAGCAUUAUGGGAUUCUUCGGCGGGAUGUUCAUCGGCAUCGCCUUUGGCGUUGGAUUGAUCGUUGCUUUUGCUCGCUACGAAAGCAUUCGAUCCAAGCGUCGUUCUGAUUUGGCGAAGACGGUGGCGAUGUUUGCGAGGAUGACGGUGGAAGAUUCUAGAGUACUUCUGCCUGGAAAGUUCUACCCUUCAUGGGUUGUAUUCACUAAGAGACAGAAGUUUGUGCAGUUAAAAUGGCUCAACACGCAACUCGACAAGAUGUGGCCAUUCAUCAAUGAUGCAGCUUCGGAGUUGAUAAAGAGUAGUGUGGAGCCAAUUCUAGAGCAAUAUAAGCCAGUUAUUUUGGCUUCUCUUACCUUCUCCAAGUUGACCCUUGGCACAGUGGCUCCACAAUUUACCGGAAUUGCCAUACUUGAAGAGGAAAGUGGGCCUAAUGAAUUUACCAUAGAGUUAGAGAUGCAGUGGGAUGGUGAUCCCAACAUUGUUCUUGAUAUCAAAACCAAAGUUGGUGUCGUACUUCCCAUCCAGGUAAAAAAUAUUGGAUUCACUGGUGUUUUUUGGUUGAUAUUCAAACCACUAGUGGAUGAGUUCCCUACUUUUUCAGCUGUUUCUGUUUCAUUGAGAGAAAAGAAAGAUCUGGAUUUUACUCUAAAAGUAGUCGGCGGUGAUAUAUCAGCUUUACCGGGGGUAUCUGAUGCUAUAGAGGAAACAAUUCGGGAUGCUAUCGAAGACUCUAUAACUUGGCCAAUGCGCAAAGUCAUACCAAUUUUACCUGGGGAUUACAGUAAUCUGGAAUUGAAACCGGUCGGAAUAUUAGAUGUGAAACUGGUGCAAGCAAAGGACUUAACAAAUAAGGAUAUCAUUGGUAAAUCCGACCCUUUUGCUGUCCUGUUUGUGAGGCCACUUCGUGAUAGAACCAAAACAAGCAAAGUAAUCAACAAUGACUUGAAUCCAAUAUGGAAUGAGCACUUUGAGUUCAUUGUUGAAGAUGCGGAUACACAGCACUUGACUGUAAGAGUUUUCGAUGAUGAAGGCAUUUCUGCUGCCGAGCUUAUUGGUUGUGCCCAAAUGCCUCUAAAGGAACUAGAACCUGGUAAAGUCAAGAUUGUGUGGUUGAAACUGGUCAAGGAUUUGGAGGUCCAUAGGGAUAACAAAUACAGGGGUGAGGUGCACUUGGAGCUGUUGUACAUCCCACAUGGAACAGAUGACAGCUUUAGGAACCCCUUUGACCCUGAUUUCGCAUUGACCAUAUUCGAGAAGACCCUCAAGAGUGGAACUGAACCAGAGGCUGAGGAUAUUACAGCACGAAAGAAGAACGUCAUUGUAAGAGGUGUUCUCUCUGUGACGGUUAUUUCAGCUGAAGACUUGCCAGUUGUGGACUUAAUGGGCAAGGCUGAUCCAUUUGUUGUCCUGACGUUGAAGAAAUCAGAGAAAAAACUCAAGACUAGGGUCGUAAAUGAAUCCUUAAAUCCAGUUUGGAAUCAAACAUUUGACUUUGUUGUAGAGGACGGCUUACAUGAAAUGUUAAUUGUUGAAGUUUGGGAUCACGAUACUUUUGGGAAGGACAAAAUGGGAAAAGUGAUAAUGACUCUAACAAAGGUGAUCUUAGAAGGGGAAUAUCAGGAAACGUAUACACUAGAGGGAGCUAAAUCUGGAAGGCUUACUUUGCAUCUGAGAUGGACUCCACAGCACAAGUACCGGGAUCCUUAGAUAGUUUUCACAAUUGGUUGUAGCGACAACACGUUAUAGACCAUGGUAGCCAAGAUCAACAUCUAUAGAGCUCAGGUUAUUUUUGACAAUUUUGAUCUGAUGUCAAAGCCACAGAAGAUUUCAAGAGAAAAUACUACAGUAUGAACAGUUGAACACACAACAGAAUGACAUUUGCUAUGUACAUAUAGGCAUGUUUUUACCUCUAGCAAG